GUAUACGUUUACUUUAAUCCAGUUCGAAAUUUUGGCAAGGCAAGCGUAUACCUCCGCUUUUCGGAUUGAAUUUGUAACCCCUGUAGGAGUGCAUCCAUCUAAUGUAGGAAGCGAUGUCUUUCAGAUGCUAGGUUUCGUGGCAUAUCCUAUAAAGCGAAUCCUCUUGAAGUAGUCCUUUCUCUUCUCCACUUCCCAAGGAAGUUAUGAAUUCAGUCCGAAAACUGUGAAGCAGCUAUCUUAGGCCAAGUAUCUAUUUACACAACCUGUUACAAUGUUGAUGAUCUUCCCAGAAGAAUGACGAUUUGGAGGCAAGAAGACAAGUACAAAUAACCUUGUGGUUGGUGAUCCCUGCUUGAAGGGUACAUAGAAUGGGCCAGAAAAUUGAGAAACCAUAAAGAAAGAAGGCUCAAGUUGGUGAUCCUACGACUAACAAGGAAGAUAGCCUUCUGGAAGCAAGUACCUGAGGACCCAAGGUGAAAGGCUUGAAUAUGAUGCACUUCAUGCUAUUGUUCAGUCGGCAGGGGAAGAUCAGACUCCAGAAAUGGUAUGUUGCAGUUCUUGACAAAGUCAAGAAGAAAAUCAUGAGGGAGCUGACAACAAUCAUCCUUACCCGACAAUCCAAGAUGUGCUCUUUUAUUGAGUGGAAGGAUCUCAAAAUUGUAUACAAAAGGUAUGCAAGCUUGCAUUUUUGUUGUGCCAUUGACCCAGAUGAGAAUGAGCUCAUGUAUUUGGAGGUCAUCCAUAGAUAUGUGGAACUCUUGGACAGAUACUUUGAAUCUGUUUGUGAGUUGGACAUUAUAUUCAACUUUGAGAAGGCCUACUUCAUCUUGGAUGAGCUAAUUAUGGGUGGAGAGAUCCAGGAGACUAGUAAGAUAGGCAUCAUCAGGUCUAUUGAAGCUCAGGAUGAGCUCCAGCAGGCUGAGACUCCUCAAGGAUUCUUUGAGGAUUAUGGCCUGGGAUAGCAAGUUACCAAAUGAAAGACAACAUUCCAGGUCUGCAUUCCCUUCACAUUUACCUGCCUUCAUUGCCUAAUUGCAAAACUUCAAUCUAUGUAUUUCUUAUACUAUGUGAUCCUGCAUGAUUCCAUGUGAUAGAAAAAUGUCCUCUAUAAAUCAAAAGCAGUAUGUAGAAGCAGUGAUAGCUGACAGUCAAAUAAAUAUUAUUUUCAAA